AUGACUACUAGAUCCAAGAAUAAUAUUCGUAAGCCUAAGCAUGUACCAGAUGGCAGUAUCGUGCACCCUCUUCCCAGAGCUCUACUUGCUGCCAUUGCAGAAGAUAACAGUGAGCCUUCUUACUACACUAAAGCCUCAAAACACAGUCAUUGGCGUAAUGCAAUGAAACUGGAGUUUGAUGCUUUACUUAAAAAUCAAACUUGGGACUUAGUUCCUCCUAAUCCGCAUGCUAAUGUCGUGGGCUGCAGAUGGAUCUUUAAGAUCAAACAACAUGCCGGUGGAGUUGUUCAGCGCUAUAAGGCACGACUGGUGGCCAAGGGCUAUCAUCAACAACAUGGUAUUGAUUUCCAUGAAACUUACAGCCCUGUCAUUAAACCUGCAACUGUAUGA